AUGGCUCAGAUCAUUACUCUAGCUGCCCGAGAACUUCUCCUCGAGACUCUCCCGCCCCUCCUGGUAGGGCCCAACCAUACCAACAGCAGCGCCAUCCACAAGGUCGAUUUUGUGGGCCAGUUGAUGCCAUGGCCAAACUUCGAAAGGGAAGUCAUUGCCGCCCUCUCCUCGCCAAGCACCAAUUGGAGCACCGAUACCCUUGAUGUUCGCAUUGUUGGCCCGAGAGCAGAAAACUCAAUGUCCGUCGAACAGCUCGUCCUCGGAGACGAGACCGGCCUCCAAGGCCGUUUGAACGAGCGGCUUGGACGGCCGGUCACCGCUUCGCUGCAAGCCCAGCAUCACCACCUACGGGCGGCAGACUUCAAGGCCAGUGCGGCCGCAGCAGCGGGUUACACAAGGGUCCCAGAUAUGGUGAUGCUCAACGAUGUCUCUGCCAUCAAGGUCAUUGGGAAAGUGAAAACCCCAUGGCCCGGCGCACACUGUGAUAUGCUGAGUAUGGGAGUGCAGGAUUUUGAGAUUGCACACGGAAAACUAUUUCGUCGCAGGCUAGGCCAAGUUUCUCGUUAUAUGAAGGAACUGAACACCAAGCACGCCUUUCUCUCGACCUACGACAAAACCAUUUUCCUCAGAAAGGUUGACAUCGGAGGAGUUUGGACUCUCCAAUUCUCUCCUGUCAUCCAAUAUGACCGUCCUUAUAACCCCCAAACGGAGACUAUUACCGCCCAGCAAGGGCUUUUCUAUUUAGCCCUUCUUAGACAGUCUGAACCCGCGUUUACUACCAGGGCCAGCACUAGAGCCCCACAGCGCAACCAGAAGUGGACUGUUUCAAGAGAACGACAGUAA